AGAUCGAGGAUUAUCUUGGUAGCAUGACGACUAACAAGCAUAGGUUGGAGAUGCUUGCAGAGGUUUGCUCGUACGCUACACUUGUCCUCGCGUACGAAGACUACCAUGAGGUGUCGAGUUCCCGGGGUAGCUGCGCAGCCUCCCUUUUAUCAGCACGUUUCGUCGCCAUCUGCUGGAAGCUCGGGAAAUCAGGAGAUGUAUUGAACACAGGCUGGAUGCGCGCGACGAGAUGCGCGAAUAUCCGCGAAUUCCGUCAGCGGGGGACCGCAGUCUGUACAAUAAAGAAAAAAGCAUCCAGGGUAGAGCGAGAGAAAGCGAGGUGGAGCCAGUAGGGGCGAAAGAGCACUC